UCGUGACUUUGACAGAUAUAUCGCACUGUGCACAAAUCAUACGAAUUUGUUGUGGUUCUCUUUUUUUUAACAUUCCUAGUCACAGAACAAUUAAAGAUAAAUCGAAUUAUUUUUGAAAUUAACCGAAAGUAUUAGAGAAAUAUGUCGAAUCGAGUGCGUACACGUGAAUCAAAAUCUGGUGAAACUGUUGCAUACAGUGAAUCAGCAAUCAGACACAAUGCAUCGGCCGUAGAAUAUUGUCGAACAUCAAUGGCUGCAUUAAGUGGUAGUACAGCUGGAAUUAUGGGCCUUACCGGAAUCAUUGGCUUCUUAUUUUAUCUGGUGUCAGUAUUGGGUUUGUGGUGUUUACUGUUGCUGAAAACGGGCUCCAAUUGGAAGAAAUUUUUCAUAAAUCGACAGUCGCUGUUAACCAAUGGAUUUCUAGGCGGUCUCUGCACAUACGUAUUAUUCUGGACAUUUUUGUAUGGAAUGGUUCAUGUUUACUGAAUAGCAACGAAGAUCCAAAGAAAAAUUAGCAUGUUAAGUGGAAAUUACCAAUACACCAAUGCAUUACUAAAAAAGAAAUAUCUUCAUUUGUUUAAAAUUUCAAGAAAACAAUCGUUAUCAAUACCCACGAAUUUUGUCCAAUAAACAACAAUAUUUAUAGUAAACAUUUA